CCACACUCAACCUCAUAUUGCGCACCACGACCAGGAACACCACACGACCCGAAAUCGAGACACAACCCACCGCAAUCAUGGCGGAAUUGAAACCGCGGAAGUCCGUGGCCUUUGCGGAGGACCAAAUUGUCGUUGACUCCGAUGGCAACGUGACUGAUGCGAAUGGCGCACACGACGGCGAGAAGGACUCCGCUGCAUCUCACAGCAAAGACGGCGCGAACGGCGAGGACAAACAGGUGGACGAGAUGACCGCCAUGUUCGAGGGUCUCGCAAAGAAGAAGAAGAAGAAGCCAAAGAAGGAGGAGGGCGAGGAGGGCGGCGAGGAGGCUGCCGCAGACGACGGCGAGGUCGACCUGUCAGCAUUGAAGAAAAAGAAGAAGAAAAAGGUCAAGGCUCCAGAGGACGACUUUGAGCAGCAACUCGCUGCAGCCGGCGCCGCAGAGAGCGCUGAGACCGAUGAGCCUUCCAAGAAGGGUGACGAUGCGGAGGAGUCAGGCGUGCAAGAUGGUGACAUCCACGGUGGUACUGGUAUCUGGGCGCAUGACGAGGACAAGCCAGUAAACUACGACAGUCUACUGCACCGCUUCUUCGCGCUCCUCCACGACUCGCAUCCCGAUCUUGCUUCCUCCGGCGGCAAGAGCUACAAGAUUCCACCUCCUCAAUGUCUCCGUGAAGGAAACAAGAAGACCAUCUUCGCGAACAUCAACGACAUCUGCAAGAAGCUCAAGCGAACGGACGAGCACGUGACACAGUUCUUGUUCGCUGAGUUGGGAACAAGUGGUUCCGUGGACGGUAACCGCAGACUGGUCAUCAAGGGUCGUUUCCAGCAGAAGCAAAUCGAGAACGUGCUGCGAAGAUACAUCGUCGAAUAUGUCACCUGCAAGACCUGCCGCUCACCCGAUACCGAACUCAACAAGGGAGAGAACCGUCUCUACUUCGUCACCUGCAACUCCUGUGGAUCCCGCCGAUCCGUCACCGCCAUCAAGACUGGUUUCUCUGCACAAGUCGGAAAGCGCAAGCGUAUGCAAGGUUAGAUGGGAUGUUUUCGGUGCUUUUGCGUGCGCUUUGCGGCCUUUCUGUCAUAGGCAUGGGAAGCACAGAGUCGAGCACGAUGCGACCGUGCAUUGCUCGGAGUGCAUGUAUACGAAAUGUAUGAGUUGGAGUUUCGGAGCCAACAAUGAGCCAACGAGGACAGGAUGGAAGGGCAUACAAAACCAAACGGGAGCCAUGUCUCGAUGCCUUUCGAAGGCCUGUUUGGCAGGACGAUUUCGAUGUUCCAUGUACGUCUGUCAAGGUGUAACGGAGCAGUUCGUCGGUAGCGAUGAAAUUAGGAAUGAAAAGAUCCGGUGCUUCC